GCAUUGCUCGGUGGCGGGUCGGCGGUGGCGAACCGCUCAUAGUAGUUUGUAGCCAGGUCAGGACGUCCGCGGCGUGCGCUCAUGGGGGACCGCGACGAGGAAGCCGAUCCGGAGGGGCCGGGAUGCUGUGCCAUCCUGCUGACCCUGGUGUCGUAUCUGCUCAUCCUGUGCACACUGCCGUUCUCGCUCUGCAUGUGUAUCAAGGUGGUCCAGGAGUACGAGCGAGCUGUGAUCUUCCGUCUAGGCCGCCUGCUGCAGGGCGGGGCCAAGGGACCGGGCAUCUUUUUCGUGGUGCCGUGCAUAGACACGUACCGCAAGGUGGACCUGCGCACCGUCUCGUUCGACGUGCCGCCACAGGAGAUCCUGAGCAAGGACUCGGUAACGGUAGCCGUGGACGCGGUAAUAUUUUACCGAGUCAGCAAUCCGACGAUCGCCGUGACAAAUAUUGUCAACUGCAGCCACUCCACUCGACUGCUGGCCGCCACCACACUGCGUAACGUGCUGGGCACCAAGUCGCUGGCCGACCUGCUGGCCGAGCGAGAGACGAUCGCCCAGCAGAUGCAGUCCAGCCUAGACGAGGCCACCGACCCGUGGGGCGUCAAGGUGGAGCGCGUCGAGAUCAAGGACGUGCGCCUGCCGCUGCAGCUGCAGCGCGCCAUGGCCGCCGAGGCCGAGGCGGCCCGCGAGGCGCGCGCCAAAGUGAUCGCCGCCGAGGGCGAGCACAAGGCCUCGCGCGCCCUCAAACAGGCGGCCGACGUGAUGAACGAGAGCCCCAGCGCCCUACAGCUGCGCUACCUACAAACACUCAGCACCAUCUCGGCCGAGAAGAACUCGACCAUCAUUUUCCCGCUGCCCAUCGAUGUACUCAGCCACUUCCUGGACAAGUAGCCGACGGACGAAGGGGGAAGAACCGACGGAGGAGCGGCGACGGCCGGCCGAGCCGAGCCGAGCUGAGCUGAGCUCUGACAGACAGCAGCUGCCAGCUGCGGGCCGGCGCAGCCCACACACCUCAGCACGCCCCAGAGAGGAGCCGGGAGCGGCGAACCACAGCGGUGCGGUCGCCGAACCCACCGCAGGGACACACGUGCAGCGUGUGAGGUGAACUCGGGGCACGGCGGCCAACCGUGCACACAGCUGUCCCGCUUGUUGCUAUGAUCAUGAUUUUAUUUUCGACAUCGCGCUUGUUUUAGAUAAGUGUGUUUUAGCAUUAGACGAACGCUAAGACCGUUGUGUAUUUGAGCAAAAUGUUAUUCCUUUGAAGAGGACGGAAAAGACACCUUCUUUUCAGCCGGAAAAAGAUCAUAAAAUGGAUGUCAAUUGGCAAAUACCUCACCAGCUUCGCGCGCGAUUUCUGUACGGACAAGACGGGUUACCUACAAACACACAUGUCGAAACUAACGGUUUCUUUGAUUUUAAUGAAAAUGAGCACCUUCAUAUAUAUGCAUCACUAAUCACAUUCAUGUCCAGUGGGCAAAAGAGACAUCACAUCUUAUUUUCACACGCCCAUUUGAGGCCCGUUGUCGCUGUGCUUCUAUGGUGCUUGGGUCACGGGGGUCCAGUAUAAAGUAUAACAGCGGUGGGAGAACAGAGGACCGUCCCCCCUCACACACCGGGUGGGACACACCAGGUCACUUGAAGAGCGCACAGGGGUCACUGGAUUCGUUCACAAGCUGUCUCCGGCGUCGGAGGAUAACACAGUGUGUUGUGUGCACAGUGGCACACCCUGGGUCGCAGAUCUUUUAUCGACUGGGUUAUGUUAGAGCAUCUACCUCCAAACUUAAGUUGCCUUUGUUCCUAGCAUGAGUGACAAGUGUACAUACAUUCUAAGUAGCCAGUCCAUAAGGAACGUGUCACUGAUUUACCCGUUUCCGCGUAAUGCGAAAACGUUAUGCCAUCCAAAUCCGGUAUGAUUCGCUUGUCAGCUUAUGCAGCACGCAAUUACCUACCUGUUAUUGUGUAGACCUUUUAUGCUUUAUUUAUGUUUUAUCAUCUUUUUGUGGUUGGUGCGAGAUUGUACGCCCCAAUUAGUUCCAUUUUCGAGCGAUGUCACAGGGAGCAGUCACACUCAUCGCGGCUUUGUGUGAACUCAGCUUCUGCCCUGAGUUUGGUGUAACACGGGGGCGCCAGUGUUUGUGCACGAGGUCGGAUCAGAGUCCGAACGGGACUGCGUCGGCGCGCGGUCCUGCCGGCCGCUCCUGCUAUCGCCGUGUGUCGGGAGGCGGCGGUCGUAGCCGCAGCCGACCUGCUCAUCACUUUACGAUAUUAUCUCGUUGUUUUGGAGCUGUGCGCGUGCCGCGCUCCGGUCGGCGCGACCAUCUCCCGCGCCAUCAUACUAUCAUUGUCUGUCGCCAUCCUCUCUGUGCCACGCGGCGGAGGCGGCCCUUGCAUGCGCACAUGUGUGUGUCGCGGUCCGCCCGCGCCGGCUGACCGGCAAUCAGGAGCGGUGCGCCGCCGCCCACGGGUCUGUUCUCUGUGCUGCGCGCGCGCUCGUGUGUGCGCGACUCUGUCCGCAAAUGCGGGCCACUGUCGGCGCGGCAAAGGGACCGAGCCGCCGCGACCUAGCUGCUAGCCGUCGGUGUCAGUGUGCUCAGGUUCGUGGAUUUGUACCUUCGUACACGUGCCUGGCUUCGUUCAAGAGCAAGUUUCCGCCACCUCUGCUCCAUUUUGUGUACCUAUGGCAUGCAGGAAUACUACAAUAAAUUGAUGCAC